CUUUGCUUCCUUGUCAGCCCAAUAAUUCUAUGUCUUGUCCUUUACUAGGUAGCUAAGUCUUUGAAGAUUUAAGUGGUGUUUCAUAUUGGUCACCUACAAAGAGGACAAAGGACACUUUAUAGAAGAAAAUCUGUAAGACAGUAAAACAGAUAUGUAUAUACAAAAUACCAUAUUUUGGCCUUAGUAACUCAUCCUCUAAAUUCAGCGAAGUAGUGCUUCAUGGUAUGAGAUUUUACUUAAAAAAAAAAAAGCAGAGAUGUGGAUAAAUACACAAUGAAAACAGCACUGAAGAGCACCAUCAGCCUCCAAACCAAAACUGUAGUUGUGAAAGUUUUGUCUUCUGUGUACAUGGAUGGAAAUAAGUGUUUGCAAGAUCAACACCUUAAGUGGGUACUACAGGAGGUAACAGCAGAGCAGGAAAGUCAGAUUGAAAAAAAGGGAAAAAGAUGUUGCCCAGUUUUACACUUUUAACAGCUAUGACUUCUCAGAUGAGAGAGAUAUUCAAGUUUUGCUUUUGCUAGGCUGAUGAUACCUAUAAAAUACAUAGGGGAGGUUAAAUUAAAUGCAAGCUUUAAUUUCAUGGGUUAGGGAAUUGGUCAGUGAAAUAAUUCACUGAGAAAACACUAGAGCAUUCUUCAGGAAUUUACUUUGGGAAUGUAGUAUGCUUCAGUCAUUGGAAAGAACUUCCCAUUGAAUGGUGGUAUUUUAAAAAUCCUUAAAGAAUUGCAUAGCUUGAAAAAGAGACUAUUUAUUUUAAUUUUGUAUGGCUUUGUUAAUAUAUACCUUUAUUAUUAUCGUAGCGUGGCCAGUUCUAAUGUCAUUUCUUUACAGCUUAUUCCAACAUUUUGAUAAAGAGUGCAAAGAUCUUUUUUGGAAGAUGCAUCGUGAAAUACAAAAAAUGAGGGAAAUUGCCCUUGUUUACCUUGACAGAAGUGGUGGCCUUCAGAAAUUCGUGCACGAUUGCAAAAAAUAUAAUGACUCAAAACAAAGUUACGCUGUUUAUCGUUUCAUUAUUUCAAUAAAUCCUUCUGAUAUUGCUGAAUUAGAUGCAACUCUUGGAAACUACAUUCUUCAUAAUCCCAUACAAGCUGCACAGAUUUUUCAAACAGUGUGUUUCAUAGCUAUUAAGACAUUAUCAUUAAUUGAACAAUUGCAGACAGAGGCCCAGAUUAGUAUACUGCUGAAACCAACACAUUUGCCACCUUUACCAAGUUAUGUUCUGAGUCUUUCUGCGUUUCCCUUUAAUUAUACAUCUCAAAGAUUUUAUAUGUCUGAAGGAAUAGCGAUUGCAAUGGGAACUGUAACAAAAUAUACACAAGGAGCAAGAUUUCUUUGUACUGAGGAAACCUGUCCAUUUUCUGAAGGAUUUAGGUACAUAAGAGUACAUCUGCCUGGAGCUACAGAAUCUGCCACAGUGAGGAAUGAUUUUGUGUGUAGUUUGUGUUCUUCACCACUGCAGGAAGACAUUAAAUUUAGAGUAAUUGGUGAUAAACAAAUAGUUGAAAUGAUUGAUGCAAAAGUUCUUAAUGCUUUGAAAGGAUAUUCCAAUGAUAAAUCACAUUUUAGGAUUCAGACAUUUACAGUUUUCUUGAGAGAUGAACUAGCCAAUAAAAUGAAAAUAGGAAACCACUACAAGAUUAUAGGAGUUCCAGCUUGUGUACAAAAUGGCUUACAAGCUACAGCGUGUAUAGAAGUCAAUAGUGUACAGCUCUGUAAACCAAAUGGUCCUUCUUUUGUCAGUGACAAUUUUAAGUAUCUGCUCUUACUGACUUCAAGUUCAUGCUGGAGGUUUACGGCCAUCCUUGCCAAUAUCUUUGCUUCUCAAGUUGUUCCACCAGGCACUUACAAUACUCUUAAACUCGCAAUAUUGCUGAGUCUAGUACAGACAUGUGAAAAAGAAAAUGCAGAUUAUCUGGAUCUGUUGAUUGUGACAAGCGACAAGCUAGUAAUUGAUAGGCUUCUGAAUUACAGCGUAUGUCUUCUGCCUCGUGGCAUACGACACCCACCUUCUAGUGAAAUUUUUCCUUCUGUGUCCAAAGAUAAACACGGAACUGGAACUGCUAGUAUUCAAGCGUGCAGCGCUGUGCUGGCUAAGGGUGGUAUCUGUUACAUAGGAGACUUAUCUUCAUAUAAAAAGGAUAAACUUGAACUUCUACAGUCUGCGUUAGAGAGCAGAACAACAACAGUAUUCAUUCCUGGGAAGAAGUAUGGAGAAGAAGCUGACCAACAAGUUACUAUUUCAGUUCAGACCAAUUUUUGGUCUUUUGUAGAUGUGGAUUCUUCCCCAAAGAAACAUAUACAAAAGGAUAACUUUUUAAUUGGCCAGAUGGAUGUGAGUUUGAUUCCACCUAACCUUCUAGAUAGUUUUGGGCUUUUGAUAUACAGUGAGUUUCCUUCAUGCCAACUAUCUUCUUCUCUUGUACAUCAUAUCUUGGAAAAAGCCAUUAAUCCUGAAGUCAUGCUGUACAAAGUCUCACAGCAGUUCAGAAUGCAGGAUUAUGAAGAGUUUAUUUUCUUUGCUAGGAAUCUUCAUGUUGAACUGAGUUCAGAAGCAGAAAACCUCAUUCAGGGCUACUAUCUUGCAAGUCGCAGAGUGAGAAGAGAUUCUUUUCAUGGGUCAACAUUAUCACCAUCUGCACUAAAAAUUCUGAUUUCACUGUCUAAGGCUCAUACUAAACUAAGUUUAAGAAAGAAAGUACUUGAGGAAGAUGCAUUGAUUGCCAUCUUGUUACUUGAAUCAUCUCUUACUCUAAAACACGGCAAGUCUGCAUUAUGCGUAGCACCAAAUCCUGUAUUUCCAUUUGACCUCAGUGAUGAAAACUCCCUGCAACAGAGAGAUAGUUACCUCAUGCAAUGUCAUGAUCAACUGCUGAAGUUUAUUGGUGCAUAUGGCCCAGGAAUUCACGUUAACACUAAUGAAGAGUGA